UUAACAUGCUCAAUUUCGCGCCAUAAUUGCAUAAAAAAUAAGGUCGGAGAAUCAAUGCAAAAAUGCCGUCAACAAGGAAAAAAAAGGAAGAACCUGUCGACGUUGAUGGCACAAUUGAUGACGGUGACAAAGAAACGAAGAAGCAACCGUUUGUUGUAAAAGAUCCGACGCAGUGGCUUUUCAUAGCGAAAGAUGAGGUUAUUAAGCUAGAUCCAAACACCAAUCCUGAAUCUAUUGUAUGUGGACUUAAACAUCCUAGAACAGGGCAGAGAUGUUUGUUUUUAUUUAGCAAUGAAGACAAAGAUAUUUAUGAGAUAGUACAGUUUAAAGAAGAAUUUAGGUCCUGGUUUAUUGGGGAAACAGUUCAACAUGAUGGCAGUUUAUAUAUAACUACGCCUGUAGAUCCAGUGUUCCUUAUUUUACCAUACCUUAUACAAGCUGCUAAGUCAGAAAAGUUUAUGACAUUAGAUCAGAUAGUGAUAGAUGAAGAUUUCCCAGAAUGCCGCAGGUUACAGUCUUCUUGUCAGUCAGAUCAUCUCGAGAAUGUAUCAGAUGUCAAAGGUGAUGAUGAUUUUAAAGCAUACAGAUAUAACAAAGACAAGGCAUUAUCUUGGUUGAAGUUAAAGACAGAAAAUGUAUGUAAAGUAUUGGAGAAGAAGAAUGUUUGUGUGUCUGGUGCUAAAACAUCAGAACUUGUACAGAGUAAAGCUACUGAAGAGGAGUAUAUGAGAUAUGCUUUUGGUGUGGUGUCCGACUAUCUUCCUACAGAAUUAACCAACUUACUGAGAGAACAUUUAGGUAUACCAGUUGUUGCAGAGAAGAGACCAUCAGAUGCUAAGAAUCCACCAUCAAAGAGAGCAAAACUAGAAGAUAUAACACCUAAUGAAGAUUAUAGUCAGAAUGUGAAACAUGAGGACAAGUCUAAAAAGGGUAAAGCCAGCACAGCACAGAAGAAGUUGGAGAAAGUUGACAAGUCCGGGAUGAAGAGCAUGAUGAGUUUCUUCUCUCCGAAAACAAAAUCCUGAUAAUUGAUGAGUAUGAAUACAGUCAAACCUGUGAUUGAUGACCUACUGUAGGACCAAAAAAUAAACUUAAUAAAAUGUCAAACCCAUAC